AUGGCGUCUAACUACAGUGAUCUCAAAAUUAGCCAACUCAAAGACCUUUUGAGGGCGCGUCAUCUUGCGCUUUGGGGGUUGAAAUCCGAACUCGUGUUGAGACUACAGCAAUCCGAUACAGCCGCUGCACGGCGAAUUAGGGGAAAUGGAGUCCAACCUUCUCUUCAACAUGGGGGCAUAUCCAGCUCUCCUGCAGCCAACAGUCCGAUGAAUCAUCAAAAUAUGAUGCAAAGACAGCAAACACUGCCAGGCUUUGUACCAUCGAGUAGCGGCCGAGUAGGUAAUGCAGAUCAACCUCCGUAUCAGCAACCUUUACCACAAUCGCAUUCGCAGCCCUCAUAUGCGCCACUCUCAAUUCCACGACCCUCAAGCGCGCAACCUUCAUAUGAGCAACCCUCAAACCCACGACUCUCAUACGCUCAACCCUCAUAUCCGCAAGCCUCCUCUGCCCCUCAACCCUCUUAUGCGCCACAACCCUCUUAUGCGCCGCAACCCUCCUAUGCGCAACCCUCAAACUCGCGACCCUCUUAUCAACAACCCUCUUCUGCACAAUUGGAACCCUCAUAUGAGCAACCUUCACAUGACCAGGGACCUCGAGCUUCUAGACCACAAAGUGAUGAUGCGACAAGCUCUCAGCGUCUUCCGCGUUCAAGUCCCCAGCCAUCACCGUCGAACGCCCCGCAAUACCCACCGCCUCCAUCUCCGGGCGCCAUGAGACAAGCGAACCCCUAUUACUUUCCGAAGACCCCUACCAAAGGAAAGCAUCAAUCCGACAUCGAGGAUCCAGAGCCUACUGCGACGCCAAGUCGUAUCAGAUAUUUGGCAGCCAAAAAGCCCCAGCAGCGCUACUCUGAGAACAUCUCCCUGUCUCCUCUUGUAGCUGGUCCUGUGCAAGCUGGAAGGUCGUCGUUCACAAAGUCAGAGCUCCAGAGCACGCGAAGCUUGGCUAACAACGAACACUCGUCCUUCCAACCACCUGGUCCACCAGUUACUCCUCAUUAUGGUCAUAUGACAAAGCCGGAGUCUACCAAUACGCCGCAGAGCUCUUUUGCUGGCACUGGCGCUUCCUCUCAAACCCAAGCACGCCAAUCUCUCGCUCCGCUCUCGAGUUAUCGACCCACUCAAGCAGUACCCAAGUCGAGAACAAACCAGAAGCUUAUUCCGCUUCUAACUUUCGCUGAGUUAGAGCGAAAGUACUUCAACCUCCCGGGCCGGAACUUUGUCAAUUUCAACGACAUCGUCGCGAAGCGUACCAAAUGGUUGGCAGAUCUGGGCAUAACGGAUGCAGUGUUUCAGAUCAUGCCCUUGAGUCUGGACCAGGAGUUGACGAUCCAGAAGGCUUAUGAUGAGAAGACGGUUGAGGAGCGGGAGGCUAUUGAAGCGAAAGCGAAGGCGAAGGCGCAAUACCUGGUUUCUUUCCUAGAUUAG